CAAAAUGUCGGUUUUACUAUUUAUCAGUUUAUUUUAUGUGAUAUUGAAUGGACAUUUCAUUGCCAUGGAUAAUGGACUCAAAGAACCAAUAUGUACAUCAAGAUUUGACUAUGAGCAUAAGAUGUUACAUCAAAUGGUAUUGCAGGAAAUCGAACAAAAGAAAAUGAAAGAAUCCAUCAACGAUCUGAAUACAUUGAUAAAUACUCUGAAAGAUGAAAAUGCUGAAUACAGAAAAGCAGUUAAAGCAGUGGAGGACAAUUUGAAUAAGAUAGAGGCCAAAUGCUUGCGUGGGAGCUCUGAAAGUUCGUAUGUUCGUUGGGGAAGGACAAAGUGUCCUGCUAAUGGAACAGAGCUUGUCUAUAAAGGUUUUGCCGGUGGUGCGCGUUAUGACAAAGCCGGCGCGUCUAAUUAUCUAUGUCUGCCUGACGAACCGAUAUGGGGUGCUUAUGAAGAUGCGGAGCAAUCGUCUGGUACUGUAUGGGGAGUUGAGUAUGAACUGCAUCAAAGAAACAUGAAUAAUUUCUUUGGAAAAGCCCUGCAUAACCACGAUGUGCCAUGCUGUGUAUGUGCGACAAAGCGAUCAAAUAUGCUGAUGCUACCUGGUAGGAACGUAUGUUAUGAUGGUUGGACAUUGGAAUACAGCGGGUAUCUUGUGAGUGAUCACGAGACACAUCACGCAAGCGAAUUUCUUUGCCUUGAUAGUGGGCCAGAAUUUCUUCCCAACGGCUCAUCUGAUAAGAAUGGAAGAUUGUUAUAUUUUGUCGAGGCACGUUGUGGAUCACUUCCGUGUCCGCCUUACGUAAACGGAAGGGAACUGACUUGUGCUGUAUGUUCAAAAUGAAUGAUAAAAUAUUG